AUGAAAUGGUUCAAGCAAGCAAAGCUCAAGUUUAAAAUUAAGAAGAAGUCCAAGAGAGUGUCGAAGGAAUUGGUGCAGAUACCCGCCAGUUUUAACACCAGGCAGGCCCUGGUUAAUGCAGAUGACCAGUAUUCGCAUAAGGUUUUCAUGGAUUCCAAACAGUAUAUUCUGUCCAAGUACCUUACCCUAUUUACGGUUUUGUUCUGUGCCUUGGCAAUAUGUGUCACGCUGGUGUGCGCUCCCAGGAUUAUACGGAUAUACUACUCAAAUAAAGUUACGUAUACCAAGUGGGCCUUACUGCUUUCAUUGAUAUCUCCCCAACAGCAGCAGCUUCCCCUACUCUCGGGCACAUUCUCACUAGGUACAAUAUUCAGCCUCUACAAAUGGCUAGUUUGGUUCAUUUGA